AUGUCACAACCGGCUCGGCCCAGGCUCCCCCGCAUCCCCAAAGAGAUGUUCUCGCCUCACUUCAAAGAUAUUCAUAAUCAACCUUACCAUGAAUCGACAACAUCUGCCCGCAGCGGGGCUGCAGCGCAUCAUAAAUUACGCCACAUUGCGUGGAAUCCCCUCGGCACAGUUGUGGCCACCGUCACUACGGAUAAGACGAUACGUGCCUGGAUUGCGGGCAAACCAGAGCUCCGAUAUUCAACUGAAUUCAGGGGCCAUACAGCCACCAUUGAGAAGAUCGCCUUCAACCCGGCAAAGGAAACGGAGCUGGGCAGCGUCAGUAACGACGGCGUUGUCCGGCUCUGGGACGUACGGACAAAGGCGUGUGUCAAUGAGAUCGAGGGGAUGGGUUCCGCCCACUCCCUAGCUUGGGCCCCUGAUGGGUCCUCGCUACUCGUGGCGAACAGGUCAGGCGAGCUCUUCCAGGUAUCGCCGGCCAAGUCCGCCAUCAUUGCGACUCACCAGCUGCCCACCGAAGUGAACCAGCUGGCAUUCUGCUGGAGCGGCGAGAAAGUCUUCCUGCCCAUGGCUGACGGCACCGUUAGGAUCCUGUCCUAUCCAGACCUGGAGCCGGUGGUGCACGUCAACCACGCCGUGAAAGAGGGGGAGUCGAGCGAGUUCAUGCUGAAGGGGCACACAGCCGCGUGCCUCACUACCGAGGUUUCGCCCACAGGGCGAUAUGUCGCGACGGGCGGUGCCGAUUCGAUCAUCGGUCUGUUUGACACCAAAGACUGGAUCUGCCAGCGAACCAUCUCCCGCAUGGUUGGGCCUGUGAAAUGUUUGAGUUUCUCGUUCGACGGGAGCUACCUCGUUGCUGGAUGUGAGGAAGGUUCCGGUAUAGAAGUCACCCAUGCAGAGUCUGGCGAGCUCAUUCACACAUUUAAAACGGCCGGGCCCUGUGAAGCUGUGGCAUGGUCCCCAACGCGAUACUGCCUCGCCUAUGGGGAUCUCGGCGUGCUGCGUAUCAUCGAUGCGGACAAGAAAUCGAAGGGCAGCUGA